CGGCAGGGAGGCCACGCCCGUGACCACGCCCACGCCCCGCCCCGCCACGAUUAUAGCCGAUGACUCAGGGCGGAGCUCCGCAUCCAGCCCUCGCCGCCGCCAACUUCUCUGGAUGGGACCAGAAGUUUCUAGCCGGCCAGUUGCUACCUCCCUUUAUCUCCUCCUUCCCCUUUGGCAGCGUGGAGGCUAUUUCCAGACACUUCCAGCCCUCUCCGGCCACGUCACCCCCUCCUUUAAUUCAUAAAGGUGCCCAGCGCCGGCUUCCCGGACACGUCGGCAGCCCACAAGACUCUAGCUCCGGCCUCGGCCAGCGAGCCACUCUGCGCCUGGAAGUCCGGCACCCCGCGACCCUGUGACCCGGCACCCCGGCGGCUGCCCCUCCGGGCCGACCCCGACCCAGCAUGAGCGCUGCCACCCACUCGCCGAUGGUUCAGAUGGCGUCCGGCAACGGCGCCGGCGACCGCGACCCCCUGCCCCCCGGCUGGGAAAUCAAGAUCGAUCCGCAAACCGGCUGGCCCUUCUUCGUGGACCACAACAGCCGCACCACGACGUGGAACGACCCGCGCGUGCCCCCGAGGGCCCCAAGGUAAGGGACCCGAGCUGCACUCUGGCCAGCACUUCCCCCCACCCCCACCCCCCCCGCGCCCCGACGGCGAGCGGCGGGACAGGGCUUCGGGGAUGGGGGUGGCGGGCUGGACUGGGCCGGGCUGCGGGGACGCGAGGAGCAGGGUGCCUGCCGGCCACAGCCCGCCCGCGCCGGUGUCCCAGAGGAAACCACAUCUUCUGCGAACGGGCCUUCGCGGGAGGGCUCCAGGGCACUCCCCACUAGGGAAGGCCAUGCCGUGUACCCCCAGCUCCGGCCAGGCUACAUUCCCAUCCCUGUCCUCCACGAAGGCGCUGAGAGCCGGCAGCUGCGCCCCUUCUUUGCCCACCCCCAGCCGGGGGUGCAGCGCUUCCAAGCUGAGGCGGCCCCCACCGCUCCACAGACAUCCCAGACACCUCUGCGGGGUGUGGUGGAAGCCACCCAGCCAGAUAAGCAGUGCGGACAGGCAGUGGCAGCUGCGGGAGCCCAGCCCCCAGCCUCCCAGGGACCUGAGCGGUCCCAGUCUCCAGCUGCCUCAGACUGCUCGUCCUCAUCCUCCUCGGCCAGCCUGCCUUCCUCCUCAGGCAGGAGCAGCCUGGGCAGUCACCAACUCCCCCGGGGCUACAUCUCCAUCCCUGUGAUACAUGAGCAGAAUGUCACCCGGCCGGCAGCCCAGCCCUCCUUCCACCAAGCCCAGAAGACCCACUACCCAGCUCAGCAGGGUGAAUACCAGACCCACCAGCCUGUGUACCACAAGAUCCAGGGGGAUGACUGGGAGCCCCGGACCACAUGGGCCGCAUCCCCGUUCCGGUCACCAGUCCGGGGCACGUCCAGCCGGGAGGGCUCUCCGGCCAGAAGCAGCCCGCCGGUGCACUCCCCACCGUCCCUCCGCAUGCACACCAUGGUCGACAGGCCUCAGCAGCCCAUGACCCAUCGAGAACCUUCUCCUGUCCCCCAACCUGAAAACAAACCAGAGAGCAAGCCAGGCCCAGCUGGACCAGAUCUCCUUCCUGGACACAUCCCGAUUCAGGUGAUCCGCAAGGAGGCAGAUUCCCAGCCUGUUGCGCAGAAGCCCCCGCCUCCCUCUGAGAAGGUGGAAAUAAAAGUUUCCUCUGCUCCAGCGCCUUCUCCUCCCAGCCCCGCCCCUCCUGCUGUCCCCUCUUCCCCCAAAAAUGUGGCUGCGGAAGAGAGAGCAGCCCCCAGCCCUGCCCCUGCAGAAGCCACACCCCCAAAACCAGGAGAAGCUGAAGUUCCCGCAAAACAUCCAGGUGUGCUGAAAGUGGAAGCCAUCCUGGAGAAGGUGCAAGGGCUGGAGCAGGCUGUGGACAACUUUGAAGGCAAGAAGACAGACAAAAAGUACCUGAUGAUAGAAGAGUAUUUGACCAAAGAGCUACUGGCCCUGGAUUCGGUAGACCCUGAGGGACGAGCUGAUGUCCGCCAGGCCAGGAGAGACGGCGUCAGGAAGGUUCAGACCAUUCUGGAAAAACUUGAACAGAAAGCAAUCGAUGUCCCAGGUCAAGUCCAGGUCUAUGAACUCCAGCCCAGCUCUCUUGAAACCGAUCAGCCACUGCAGGAAAUCAUGGAGAUGGCAGCAGACAAGAGCAAGAAAAGUACGGGAAAUGAAGAGGAUCUCAAAACUGAAACCCAGCAGCCAGAAGCCAAGGAAGCAGCAGCUCCAACCCCCAGCAGCACGACAGAUGCAGCUGCUAACCCAGCAGCACCGUAGUCUCCACUAAGUAAAAAUCAGACCUGGAGGCUGGGAACUGAUUGUGUGCUUUAGGGAAUUUUAAGUUGCAUGCAUUUCAGGGACUUAAAAUCAGUUGGUUUUUACUCUUCAUAGCCGCUUGAUACGCAGUAACCUGGGUGGAGGCAAAACACACUAAUGAAAGGGCUAAAAGGAAAACGAUGCUUUUCUUCUGUAUUAUUCUGUACAAAUAAGUUGCUUGUUACAGAAGUUUAACCCCAUCGCUUAUUGUUUUUGGGCCCUUUCUGUAUGGGCCCCGGAUGUCAGCCAUGGCUAUGAACUGUCUUCCUAUAGUUUUGGACCGAAGGAGUACUGGGGCGGGGGGGGCAGUUAGACAGGCAGUCAGUUUCCCAUCACCAAGUAUGAAACCCGUUUUUCAGAAAUGUUGCCAUUUUAAUGGGAUGACCUUCAUCAUCUCAUAGCUAAAAUACGUUAGAUGACAUAAAAUGUGUAUGGAGCCAUAGGAAUAUAUCUGUAUGUUGGAUGACUUUAGUGCUACUUUAAAAAAAGGAAAUAAAGUAAUAACGUAACUCUGAA